CGCAAUCGCUUGUACUUGCCUGCCGCCGCUUUGGGACAUGCUGUUCCUGGCUUCCGCCUCUUUCCCCCGUCUCUCUGCCUGCUGUGCGAUUCACCACUGGAACGCCUUCAAUUCGUAUUCGUAGCAAGCGUAGGGCCUCUCCUGCCUGUCUGCAAGACAUGCGACACGAGCCAUGAGACUGAAAUCCCCGCGAGAUUUCGAUGUCUUGCCAAUAACCCCCGAGGAGAUAGCCCAGAUCGACUUCAAUGACCACGCGACGGUCGCUCCUGCAGUAUGGGCUGUCAAUGUCACCUUCAUGGUCCUCGUCGGCAUUGUCGUUGCCCUGAGAAUAUACACGAGGGCCUGCAUCACUAAGCAGUUCUUCAUCGAUGACCUCCUUGUCGUCCUGGCUGCGGCCUCCAUCUUUAUCUCCUCCAUCAUGGCGCUAGUUGCUACCAACUAUGGACUCGGCCAGCAUGUGUGGAAUAUCCCCAUGCCGAUUUCCAACAUCAUGGAAACCACCAAGCGUUGCGUCCAGCUCAUGUUCGUGGCCCACGUCUUCUACGCCUCUGGCACGGCGUUUGCAAAGAUGUCAAUAAUAAUCUCGUACCUGCGCAUCUUCCCCAGCGAGAAGCUCCGCCGGGUCCUCUACGUCACCGCCGUUGUGGUCGUCGGCCUCGGCAUCACCGCCGUCUUCGCAACCAUGUUCCAGUGCAAGCCCAUCCAGGCCGCCUGGGACUUUAGCAUCCACCGCUCGCAGUGCUACCGCUUUGUCGACUUCCUCUAUGCCAACUCGGCCAUCAACAUCGCCACCGACUUUGUCAUCUGCCUCUCCCCCCUGCCGUGCUUUUGGAAACUCCGGAUACCCGUGAGGCGGAAGCUCAUCGUCUCAUUCCUCUUUUGUGUCGGGUUCUUCGCCUGCAUCGUGAGCAUCAUCCGCCUCGCCUUCUUGCACACAGUCGACGGCAUCGACAUCACAUACACCCUGGUCUCCCCCCUGAACUGGACAGUCAUAGAGUGCUCUCUCGGCAUCAUUUGCGUGUCGGUGCCGCCCAUGCGCCCACUCUUCUCGCGCCUGGUCCCUAACUUCUUCCCGUCCCACCUGUCCGGGCCCAGGGCCUACGGAACCCGGACCGGCCAACGGACGCAGGAAGAAAUGCUGGAGGGCAUGAACAGGGAGCUGGACAGGCAGCUGCUGGAGUUCGAAAAGCUCGACCACGGGAGCCAAAAAUCCAGGCCCGUGUCGACCGACGGCUCGACCGUGGAGCUGACGGCGGUGACGGGAGAAGAGCCUGGCCACGGCAUGACAGACGGGGCCAACAACGUCCGGAUUCGACCAAAAUGAUAACAAUUAAGCCGGAUGAGGUUGGUCUGUCUCGACAAGCCUCUACUUAGGACGCGUCCGAGGUCGCUGGUUCUUCUCCCCGGCUCCCCACUUGGAUCUCUCUGUCUACGCACAACUGCAGCGGUCGGGGUUCACAUGGCCAAGGGCCCCUGGACAAGCCUACGACUGGCAUAGGUCGUGCCGCUGU